CCAAAUCAGUAGGCGACAAUUAAUAAUGAUACUAACGCCUGGAAUUCGAAUACAAGAUCCAUUUUUCGUCGCAGGUUAAUAACCGAUUAAGAAAUAGUUCAUUAGUGUUGCGUGAAAUCUUUGCUUAACAAAUGCUGAUGAAGAUGCAAACGAAUAGUUUCAGGACUCACUCUGAACAUUUCUGCAAGUUCUUGGUACGUUGUCCUGGAAUUUGCGUCCACAACCUGUUGAAGAUUCUCGUUGUUCAUGAUUUUUUGUCUCCUUGAGCGCG